GAGUAUAUAUAAUUCUGUCAUGAAUUGAAAAGUUAGUAUACAACAAAAAAAUCGGCUCAACAGUUAACGUUCUUGUUCUUUUAACAAUUAUCUUCCUCAAAUUCUAAAUGCAUUUCAACUUCGAUAUGGCCUUGAGUAGACUGAUGGACGAUGAAUACGAUCCAUUUUUGCUGCGCGCCGGAGGGAAACCCGAAUUGAACUGCUCUAUUCCGUCGAUCUUAGAGUUUCCAAAUUUUAUGCGUAAAAAAAGUAUCGUCUAUACGGUAGUCUGCGUAUUUCUCAGCUUUUAUUUGUUUGUAAUGCUGGCAAUUGUCUGCGAUGACUAUUUGGUGCCCGCAAUGGAGCGCUUAUGCUAUUCGUUACGUAUGUCCUAUGAUGUGGCUGGAGCUACAUUUCUGGCCGCUUCUACCUCAGCCCCAGAGCUUUUUGUUGCCUUCGUUGGCACUUUCAUCACGAAAGGUGAUAUUGGAAUUGGCACUAUAGUUGGAUCAUCCGUAUUUAAUGUACUUGGCAUUGCUGCCGUUUGCGGCAUAUGCACGGGAGUGACAUCAAAAUUGGACUGGUGGCCCAUAACUAGAGAUACUGUAUGGUACUUAAUAUCAAUAUUGGCGCUCUUUUAUGUACUCUUCGAUUCCGCUGUGAAUGUUUGGGAGGCAGCCGGUCUAGUAAUCUUGUAUAUCAUUUAUCUCGUCGUACUUGUAUUUGAUCGCAAGAUACAGAGUAUAUGUCGUGUUGUGGAUACUGAGCGCGAUAUGAUUGACGAGAAUCCCCUGGAACGUGAAGAACAACCGUUGAAAUCAUUUAAGGAGACCGUGUGUGGGUACCCAGAGAAGGAAGAUCAUGUUUGUAAAAAAAUUUGGUGGGGUCUCAAAUACCCAGCCGUUGUAUUGCUGGCCAUAACCACGCCCAGCGCACGCUCCAUAUACUUCUUAAGCAUGCUGUUGGCCGUGAUUUGGAUCAGCAUUAUUUCGUACUUCGUUACUUGGUUUCUCACCGUUGUUGGUUAUAACAUUGGAAUACCUGAUUCCAUCAUGGGUCUCACGAUACUGGCAAUUGGUACCAGUGUGCCGGAGAUUGUGGCCUCAUUUAUUGUGGCCAAAAAAGGCUACGGCUCCAUGGCCAUGUGCAAUGCUAUUGGCUCAAAUACUUUUGACAUUUUCAUAUGCCUGGGCCUGCCUUGGUUCGUUGCAGCACUCGUCUUUUCCGAUACUAUUAAAGUGCAGUCAUCUGGAUUAUUGAUAACCACUGGAAUGCUGGUUGGAACAGCGCUUGUCACAUAUAUCUCCUUUUUAAUUACGAAGUUUGUGCUCGGAAAGGUGGUCGGCUGGAUUAGCCUUAUCUCAUACAUCCUCUUCGUGGCAGCUGCCAUCUAUUUGGAAAUGAGGCUACUCAAGAAAACGUGUGAUAUCGAAUCCGCCGAGUAUGCAUAUUUGAACAAAGAGGCUGCAAAUUAACAGUUAACAGUGUAAAUUAACGUAAUUGAGUAAUACAGAAUUUUAACUCUCUCA